AUGUCAAACCUAGAGCUACCAAGUCGAAGCUUAACUGUUGUUAUAAUUGAGGCAAGCAUAUGCAUUGCUCUUAACAUUACGAGCCUCAUUGGAAACAGUCUGGUUUGCAUAGCAGCUUACAGAAACCUUAACCUGCGAUCCACUACCAACCUGUACAUCAUUGCCUUAGCAGUCAGUGACCUGUUAGUUGCAACCAUCGAAAUACCUCUAACUUCUUCAACGCUGAUCGUUGGAAAAUGGGACUUUGGAAACGCGUUAUGCCAAAUUCAAGGUUUUGUUGCUGAAUUCGCCUAUUACGUGACCCCAGCCACACUUAGUUUGACAGCGUUUAACUGUUACGUGAAAAUUGUGAAGAUGAACCACUACAAAAAGAUUUUUUCACCCCGAAGAUCUAAGAUAUGGUUGAGUUGCUUGUGGCUUUUCCUUGCACUUUACCUGCUGAUUGUCCGAGUCACAAAUUGGAUCACAAUUAAUUUCGUUCAAAGCUUUGCAUUGUGCGCCUUUUCUUAUCAAAGUGAUGAAAGUCAAAUCGUUCAUUACUGUCUCACUGUCGGAUUGCUUUUUUUUUUUACCGUUGUGCAUCGGUACUUUUAG